GCUCGCCAAAUUUGAAAGAAGCCGUCAGUUUCUCUCCCCUUUUUCCCAGCAAAACUCAGAAUCGGUUUGCAAAUGUUCAAACUACCCUUUCCAUUUCUGAACCUCUUCCUAUCCUUACUCCUAACAUCGAUACCCUUCCUUGUAAUUUCACAAAAUGUGAAUACAGAGCUUGACAUCCUCUUGAAGCUCAAGCAACAACUGGGCAAUCCACCGUCUCUACAGUCCUGGGCCUCCUCAUCCUCGCCGUGCAAUUGGACGGAGAUUUACUGCACCAACGGUAAGGUUACCUCACUUUUGCUCAGCGACAAGGACAUCAAAGUAACAAUCCCGGCAACCAUUUGCGCCCUCAGAAACCUCACCGUUCUGGACUUGUCCUAUAACAACAUCCCCGGAGAAUUUCCAAGAGUUGUUUUCAAUUGCUCAAAGCUUCAAAGCUUGGAUCUUUCUCAAAAUUAUUUUGUGGGUCCAAUCCCAGAUGAUAUUGAUUUCCGGCUUUCAACUCUCAAAUACUUGAAUCUUGGGGCUAAUAACUUCUCUGGUGAUAUUCCGCCUGCGAUAGGUAACCUAACGAAGUUGCAAUACUUGUAUCUGAAUUCAAACCAGUUCAAUGGGACCCUUCCGAAUGAGAUUGGUUACUUGGCCAACCUUGUAGAAUUAGGCUUGGCCUAUAAUGGGUUUGUGCCUUCACCAAUUCCGGCGGAGUUUGGUAUGCUAAGCAAGUUGACAUUCAUGUGGAUUAGAAAUGCCAAUUUGAUCGGUCUCAUCCCAGACAGUUUUGCCAAUCUUUCAAGUCUUAAGCAACUGGAUUUGGCAAUAAACAAUGUGGAAGGUAGUAUUCCUGGUGGGUUAUUUUUGUUGAAGAAUUUGACCUAUUUGUAUUUGUUUCUCAAUAAAUUGUCUGGGGAGAUCCCCCAGAAAGUAGAAGCAUGGAAUUUGGUUGAAAUUGAUCUUGCUAUGAACAACUUGACUGGCUCAAUACCAGAAGACUUUGGCAAGUUACAGAAUUUGAAGCUUCUCAAUCUAUAUAGGAAUCAGUUUUCUGGUGAAAUACCCUCAAGUAUAGGCCUUAUUUCUACACUGAAAACUUUUAAGGUUUUCACCAACAACUUGAGUGGAGUCCUGCCACCAGAACUAGGCCUUCAUUCGAAGCUCGAAUUUUUUGAGGUUUCAGCCAAUCAUUUUAGUGGUCAACUACCAGAAAAUCUCUGUGCUGGAGGUGUUUUGGUAAGUGUUAUUGCGUUUUCAAACAAUCUCACUGGUGAGGUUCCUCGGUCGCUUGGAAACUGUAAUACUUUGCUCAUGGUUCAUCUUUACAACAACAACUUUACUGGCGAAAUACCUUCAGGUAUUUGGACAGCAAUCAGUAUGACAUCCUUGAUGCUAAGUGAUAAUUCAUUUUCAGGGGAACUUCCAAGCUCGCUGGCUUGGAAUUUUUCCAGGUUGGAGCUUAACAACAACAAAUUUUCUGGUGCAAUUCCUGUUGGGAUAUCUCGUUGGGUGAAUUUGAUUGUUUUUGAGGCAAGUAACAAUAUGUUUUCAGGUGAAAUUCCAGUGGAAGUGACCAGCCUGUCUCGUCUUAAUACUCUUAUGCUUGAUGGUAAUCAACUAUCAGGUCAACUUCCAACCAAGAUAAUCUCCUGGAAGUUACUGACUACUCUAAAUCUCUCAAGAAAUGCACUUUCAGGCCAAAUCCCAGCAGUGAUGGGGUCUAUACCUGUCCUACUUUACUUGGACUUAUCUCAAAACCAUUUCUCUGGCAAAAUUCCAUCCGAGUUAGGCCAACUGAAGCUUCUAGUACUCAAUUUGUCCUCCAAUCAACUUUCUGGGCAAAUUCCAGGGCAGUUUGACAACCUUGCUUAUGAGAAUGGCUUCCUGAACAAUUCUAAUCUCUGUGCCGCUAAUCCAGUUCUAAACCUUCCAAAUUGCUAUAUCAGUUCUCACAAUUCCAACAAACUGUCCUCUAAAGUUCUUGCCAUGAUUCUUGUUUUUUCCAUAACUAUCUCCAUGGCUACUGCUAUAUUAACCUUAGUCAUUGUUAGACAUAAUACGAGAAAGAAGCAAAAUCGUGAUCUGGCAACAUGGAAGAUGACCACAUUCCAUAAAGUGGAUUUCACAGAAGCAAACAUUUUGGAAGGUUUGACAGAAAGUAAUCUAAUUGGAAGUGGAGGGUCAGGGAAGGUAUACCGCAUUGUUGUGAACCAUAUAGGAGAAUUUGUUGCAGUUAAGAGGAUUUCGAGCAAUAGAAAAUUUGAUGGGAAGCUCGAGAAAGAAUUUGCGGCUGAAGUUCAAAUCCUAGGCACAGUUAGACACUCAAAUAUAGUGAAGUUGUUGUGCUGCAUUUCAAGUGAGGAAUCGAAGCUUCUUGUUUACGAGUAUAUGGAGAAUCAAAGCCUGGAUAGUUGGCUUCAUGGAAAGAACAGAAGAUCAUCACCAAGGACAAAUUCAAUCCAUCAUGUUGUCUUGGAUUGGCCUAAAAGGAUGCGGAUUGCCAUUGGAGCUGCACAAGGAUUAUGCUACAUGCACCAUGACUGCUCCCCACCUAUCAUCCAUCGAGAUGUCAAGUCUAGCAAUAUCUUGUUGGAUUCUAAAUUUGAGGCAAGAAUUGCAGAUUUCGGACUUGCUAAAUUGUUGGCUAAGCAAGGAGAGGCUCACACGAUGUCUACUGUAGCAGGCUCUUUUGGUUACAUUGCCCCAGAGCAUGCUUAUACGACAAAAGUGAAUGAGAAGAUCGAUGUUUAUAGCUUUGGAGUUGUUCUCCUGGAACUGGUGACAGGAAGAGAACCUCGUACUGGGGAUGAGAAUACCAACCUUGCAGAAUGGGCCUGGAGGCGAAAUGCAGAGGGAAAGCCAAUCGUUGAUUGCCUGGAUGAGGGAAUUAAGGAAUCAUGUUACCUGGAAGAAAUGACCACUGUAUUCAAGCUAGGACUCAUUUGUACUAGCACUAUACCAUCUCCAAGGCCUUCUAUGAAGGAUGUUUUGCAGAUUCUACGUAGAAGUUCUCUGAGAAAUUAUGGAGAGAGGUUAGAAAGAUGAGUUUGAUGUUGCUUCUGAUCUCCUUGGCAAUCCUACUUAUCUUUCUUGUUACAAGCGAAGUAGGAGAGUAUAAGAUGAUGAAUACGAUAGCAAAUUAGAUGACAACGUAUGAUGUCUGAUAAUAGUAUUUCUUCUGUCUGUCUGAAAAUAAUCAUGAAAAUAUAUGCUGUGGUCAUGAAAAUAAUCAUUACUGAGCAAGUUUUGCAGCCAA